CCACAUUCAGAGGGUGUAACAUGUGCUCAAUGUUCUCAAAUUCAUGGGAGGUGAUGGGCACGGCUGCGUAUAAAACACAAACACACAAACACACCGCAGAUAUACCAGUGAAGAAAACCAUCAGCCAUGAGCUCAACAAACUCUCUCAACACAGAUCAGGGUCGUGUUACUGUGGAUCUUCAGUGUAAGAAGAACAACACAGACCAUCGCACAAAUGAAAUCACAUUGGACCGGCUCAUCGUGAGGAGAGGAAAACCCUUCACAUUCAAACUCAGUCUCGAGCGUCCACAUCAAAAUUACAUCGAGCUGACUGUGGAAACAGGUCCUAAUGCGUCUGUAGAGAAGGGAACUCGUUCAGUGUUUGACAGUAAACAGCAGCAGGUCGGCAAAUGGAGUCUGCAGGUUUUAGACAGCUCAUCUUUAUCUGUUAGUCUGUCUGUUGUGUCUCCAUCAAACGCCUGUAUUGGUCUCUACUCACUGUGGGUGAAAAGCGGCUCAUCGACGGCUGUGGCGACACGCGUGGCCUCGUUCACAGUGCUCUUUAACCCCUGGUGUGAGGAUGAUUGGGUGUUUCUGCCCAAUGAAGCAGAGAAACAGGAGUAUGUUAUGAAUGAACAGGGCAUCUUGUACAAGGGUGUAAAUGAAUACAUCACAACUCAAGCCUGGGACUUUGGGCAGUUUGAAGAUGAUAUUUUGGACAUUUGUCUGAAGCUCCUGGAUUUGAACCCAAAGUGUGUGAAGAACCCUCAGGAGGAUUAUUCUGCACGCUGUAACCCCAUCUACAUCAGUCGGGUGGUCACCGCUAUGAUCAACUGUGAUGAUGAUGAUAAGGGGGUGUUAUCGGGUCAGUGGGACGGCACGUACAUCGGAGGAGUUGAGCCGAGUCAAUGGACAAGCAGUGUGGACAUCUUAAGAAAAUGGAUGAAGUAUGACUGGUAUCCCGUCAAAUUUGGACAGUGUUGGGUGUUUGCAGCAGUGAUGUGCACAGUGUUGAGAUGUUUGGGGAUUCCUUGUCGUGUUGUCACCAACUAUCAGUCGGCUCAUGACACGGAUCUGAAUCUCAUUAUUGAUGAAUACUACGGUGAUUAUGGCGUCAUGCCUAGACGAAACCUUGACAGUAUUUGGAAUUAUCAUGUGUGGGUGGAGGGUUGGAUGAGACGUCCUGAUCUCUCUGAAGAUUUCUUCUAUGACGGCUGGCAGGUUCUGGACCCAACGCCACAAGAGAAAAGUACAGAUGUUUACUGCUGUGGUCCUGCUCCUGUCAGAGCCAUUCGUGAAGGUCACACCGACAUCAAAUACGAUGUGCCGUUUGUGUUUGGUGAAGUGAAUGCUGAUAAAGUCUCAUGGCUGAUUAUGGCCAACGGCUCCAAAAAGAAGAUUCAAACAGACACGAAAACUGUAGGACAAAGUAUCAGCACUAAAGCUAUAGGGACCAACAAAAGACAAGAUAUCACUGAAAACUACAAAUACACAGAGGGUUCUGUGAACGAGCGAUCUGCAUAUGAUGAGGCUGUGAAGAGAGCCAUUGCAGUAAUGAUGGCAGAAUAUCCUCCUCUUCCAAAUGUAAACAUGAAGAUCAGUCUGGAUGGGAAGCCUCUGAACGGCGUGGACAUUAAAGUCAAUCUCAGCGUGAGCACAGACAGCAGUAAAACACAAGAAGUUACAGUCAAGAUGAACGCUCAGGUCAUGAAAUACACCAACAACCCUUCAGCCGGAGUCUGGAGUGACACCAAAGAUAUUCAACUACAACCCAAAACCGAGCAAAUCAUUCCCAUCGUAAUCCCGUUUGCUGCAUACGGACCAGAACUUCUGGACAACAACUGCAUUAAAGUGUCUGUGAUCGCGACAGAUAAAUCAGACUCAAAACUGGUUUAUCUGGUGGAGAAAGACAUCGUCCCACAUAAUCCCAGCCUUCAGUUAACUGUGAGUGGGACUCCAAUUCUGAACAAUGAAAUGACAGCCGAGGUGAUGUUUGAAAAUCCUCUUUCUGAUCUCUCGCUGUAUAACUGCUGCAUUACACUGACAGGCAGUGGACUACUGAAACAAACUGAGGAGAACAAGGUUUCUGAGCUCGGCCCGGGACAGAAAGCAACACUGAAGGUGAAGUUCAGACCCAACAGAGCCGGACCAAAGAAACUGAUGGCCAGCUUUGACAGCUCAAUCUUCAAAGACAUCAGAAACAGCAUCGAUGUCAACAUUCGACUCGCCACAUCACGCAUGGCCUAUACCACUUUCACCAAAUAA